AUGUCUAUGGCUAAACUAACAUCUGGAUAUGUAUCUAAUAAACAGACCAAUUCUCGUGAUUCAGGAGUCUUUUUUGACCUUGACCUUGAUUUUGACAUUAACGUCAGCGAAAAAUCUAGUACACCUUAUAAAGUGGUUUUACCUCCAAAAUUUUCACCAGAUACAGAUAUUCCUUUUUCUUUUUAUCUUGGCUUAAACUCACAAAAAACAACUAAGCGCGAACAUAGGAAAUCACAACGUAUUACCUCUUUUUAUUUUAUCGAUUUAAAUUCAUCAAAUGAUAAUGGUCUUCGAUCUAUGGAUAAAACGUUUACACCAAAAGCAGGAUGA